UUCUCCCAAAUUCUGUCCUUGGCUUCAUGGUACUACGAAAAUUAUUGUUGCUCGAGCCCCGAGAAAAAUCUAUAAUUAGGUACUGUUAUGUAUAUGGAUAAAAAUAUUGAUCUUGUAAAAUUGGAGUUUUAAAAUUAUCCCUGACAGGACUGGACCCUGCUGGACCAGGAUUUCAAACUAGACUACCAGGAUAUCGCCGCAUCUGCAAGAAUGACGCCGCCAUGGUGGACAUUAUUCAUACUGACGGACGACACAAGGACAGCAGCGUGAUGAUUCCUUAUUUCGGGACUAUCCUCCCCCUCGGAACCAUCGACUUUUAUCCAAAUUAUGGUUUUGGUAGGAGAGACGACACCUUAGGAAAUCAUAGUCUCGCCUAUGAGCUCUUUACUUGGAGCAUUAAUAAUAAGAAGAGGCUUGAAACUUGCCAAGAACUGAGGGAUAAUCCGUCAAUUACUAUCCUGUAUCCGAUCGGGGUUAAAGUUAAUGCUUGCACGUCGACAAGGGAGAGAAGCAAGGGGGCAGAAAUGGGAUAUUAUACGAAUAAGGGGAGUCAUCGCCAUGGGAAUUGGUAUAUGGAGACAAAUUCUUAUCCGCCAUUCGCUCCCGUACUGAAGAUGAGGAGAUCAUGUCUGGAUCCUCGUCCACAUGUUGCAAGAUCUAGGUCAUUAGAGCGGAAUGUUUUGCGGAGUGGUGGUGGAUGUUGGGGGACAGGGACGUUUCCUAGUCAUGCUGCUCCCUUACCUGACCCGGUAGAAAUAGUUAAGGACGUUUUAGACAAAAUCAACCCAUUUAAAUCAAAUUCGUGGAACCUGGAUUCAACUGGUCGCGGGGGUAGCUGCUUUUAGACGACAAACUAAGAUUUAAAAAAAUAAAAGGUGCGUAAUUCCGAUAGCCCGUUAAAAUUAUGAAUUCGCCAAGUAUGUACUGUUGGGGAUGUUGGCUCCCAACGAGCAAUUGUGUGAAAGUUAGUGUUUCGAAAUUUGUGGAUGGUUUGUGAAGGUAGAAACUGAACGGCAGAGUUUCUGUGCGGAUAGCGAGACUGCACAGAAGUGUGUAUGAAUGGAGUUUCUGUGCGGAUGGCGAGAUUGCACAGAAGUGUGUAUGUGGAGUUUCUGUGCAGUGCAAUGAUGCGGCACAGAAAUGGAUCUGUCCAAAAUGUAAGAAUGGACAGAUUGUGAAUGAGGCAACUUGAGACGAUAGGAGAUUACUAAUGUCACUUAAUUAUUGUAUUGUCAUAAAAAUGUGUAAGUUACAAAAAGGGGCAAAUUAAGACUAUGGUGACCAAAUGGACAGAGUGACAGUACAGGUAACUGCAGAAUGACAAAGAGGAUGGAAAAUGCACCCGUAUUUAUAGAGUACGUGUGAGUGACCGAGCAAGGACAAAAGUUAUACAAGAUUUUACGGAAAAGUACUGACUUGAGAAAAGGUACAAACUUGAAGAGACUUCUAAGAAUUGAAUAGGGAAAUACAGAUAAAAUGGUCAACUCACAUUCAAAUAAAGGUUACAUACAUAAUUGAAUUAGUCUAAUGAGGUUAAAAAUCAAAGAUUAUCUUGAAGUAAGCAAAAUAGAUAAAACUGAGAAUAAGCAUAAUUGAACUUCAAAGCGAAGACAAUGACAUGGUCAUAAUUAUAAAACACGCUAAAUUGAAAUACAUUUACAUUUCUGAACAGUACGUAAGUAUGUUUAUUUAGUAAUUAUGUAUAAUUGUAAAUUUAUUAGCAAGACAUUUCUAUAGCGUUGUAUGUGUGAAACCAUAUUUCUAAAUUCUCGAUACCGUUUUGGAUAAUUGAUGUUUGUGCGACUAUGAGACGGAUUGG